CCGUCGUAUGAGAAAUCCAGAUCAAAACAUCAACGGCUAUACAAUUCAAACAACAGCGACAGCAAUUUUAGUUCAGGUUUCGCGCUUUAAUCUUCUUCUCCAUUCAUUCAAGAUCCUAAACUGUUUCCUUACAGUAAAUUUCGUUAUUUCUUAGUGUUUCUUUAUCACAUAAUAGCUCACGUUUUUGUAUGCUGGAUUUGUGGUCCACAACUUGUUCGAUAAAAUGUCUGAAAGAAAGCUUCAGUUUUAAAAGAAUUGAUUUUGGAGAUGAAAUUGAAGACCCAUUUUUAAGAAUCCAAUAUCUUAUCAGUGAACAUUGUUAGUGUUCCUGCUGUGUGGUUUACUUAUUAUUAGAUAGAGGAGGUUGUUAGCUAAUGAUGGUGUAUAGACAUGUACAGAAGUUUCUCACCGGUGCAAAGUGCUUUGAAUACAAGAGAAAUAGAGUUAUCCAUUUGAAUUUGAGGUUGUUUCACUCAUCCGGAGAAACCCAAGAAGAGGUUUUGCCUAUUGAAUGGUAUGAGAAAGCGUUUCCAAAGAUAACAGAAUUGACCCACCAGUUAAAACAUGUGGAUAUGAUUGAUGGAAGGUUAGUGAAUGUCAAUGAUGGGUCUGUCAUUGUUGAUGAGUACAUUCAGAAUAAGAUGCACACUUUGAAGUCACUUGUAAGGUUUUUUGUUGGGUCUCCAUCGGUUCAGCAAAAAGUUUCGGAAAAUGUGAAGGGGUUGUUAGUUGAUGGAAAAUGUAGGAACCCAGGUGUCAGUUUUAGUAAAUCAAGUGAAAGAGAGCCAAUGGUUGUGGAUUCACUUACUAAAGUUAGUAACUUUCUUAAUGUAUCUGCACAACAGAGGAAGGUAGUGCGUUUCACUAUAUGCCAACAGGUUACACAGCAUCGGAUUUGGCGAGCUGCGCUGGAGGAGAUACUAAAUGAGCUGAAAUCAGAGAUGGAUUUAUUGAAUUAUAAUUGUUUAGGCCAAGGGAACAACAUGGGGUAUCAGAUUGUUUCAAGCUGUUUAAAGUUCUUAAGUGAUAUGGAUACUUCGUCUGAGCAUGACUCCACAUCGUGGAUGAGGCUUGCACCUGCUAAACGUGUUGGUUAUCCUCCUAGUUGUGGUGACUGGGAGGAUGUUCUUGAGAUGUUUCAUGAUCUUAUUCAGUGUUUGAAAAGUGAAAAGUGGUCAGUUCAUCAUGUGGGGAAGCUUGAAGCCAUGAAAGAAGGUUUGUCUCAAAUCAAGGAUGUGUCAAUUGAUAAAAGUCUUGGAUACAAGGACGUUCAACAUCAAGAAAACCUGGUUCAGAAGAAGCUCUCCAAUACGUUGGGUCACUCUUCCCGCUGUUUGUUCACACUUCUAUUGUAUUACCUUUAUGGACAUGUUAGAGACAUCGAAGUUGACGUACGUGGUGGCAUUUAUGGUGGUGGUGGUGAGAGUGCAUUCCUCUUGAGCAUGGGAAGGAUUUUGACUUCAGAUGAGGAGGAGAUGGUUUGGAGUGGGAUGAAGCAGCUAGACAGGGCUCUUAGAGUAUUCAAGUUCGUAUGGGAAAUAGCAGGGAUGAAAGGAGUUCUGGAGCUGCAAGGUCAUCUAUGGUGUGUUGGGGCCAUGGAUAGGACACUCACAUAUAGAGGAAACCGAUUUUUUGUACAUGGGAUUAGUCUUUGAACAAACUGGUAUCUCUCCAAAUCAGUUUUAAUCUUAAUAAUUUUAUAAUGGAAUCUGAUCACUAUUUCAUUUAAUAUGGCGUGUUCAGUAUUUCAAUGGAAGCCACUGCCCUAUACUUCUUUGUCA